AUGUUUCACACCUUUGAAGGGUUUGAGAACCCGACGGUGGCCACUCCUGCCCGCACCACUCGUCCCCCCAAUCCCGAGCGCCGGGACUCGGUAAGCCGCAGAGUCACAACCCUCCGUGCUUGUACUUCUUGUCGACAUCGCAAGAUUAAAUGCGAUGGUGAAAAACCAUGCGAGGCUUGUCGGUGGUAUAAGAAAGCCGAUCAAUGUCAUUAUUCAGAUCCUCGUCCAUCUAGACGACAUGUUGAAAAACUGUCUACCACCCUUGAUGAAUACCGAAGUAUCCUUGGAAAGUUAUUCCCCAACUUAGCGCCAGAGUCUCUGGUCAAUUUGCCACGCGAGAAGCUGCUUGAACUGGUGGCUGGUUCUUCAUCUGCAGCUUCACUCGCACAGGCUCCGGGGGCACAACAAGCCCCGAACCCUGUCUCGCCUGCCACUUCAGCUUCGGUAGAAGCUCAUGUGUCCCCUCAGUCAAAUGAAGAUGACAAUCUCGAGUCCCUCCAAAGUAUGCCCGAGGAACUCGAUGAUAGUCGUCCCAGUUCAACCGACUUGGUCGAGGGUGUCUCAGACGAUGUCAAUGCGUUGUCUCUUUCCGCCCGACAGCCAUCAUCUUACCUCGGCGUUUCAUCUAUUCAAGCCGUACUGAAGGUCAUCGUCUGGCUGGAUCCAGGGUGUGCCACAUACUUCUCCCGAACUCCACCCACGCAUCCGCGCGACCAGGCUGGUCUCGAGUACGAUAUGCCAUCCGAGUGGAAUCACGGCGAGGGAUCCUUGCAGUCACAGCAUUCUAUCCCGCCGACCGAAAUGCAGAUGUUGGAUGCAUAUUUCCUGCACUUCCAGGCGUUCGCUCCCUUGAUCGAUGAGCAAAUGUUCCGCGAGACCUACAUGAUGGGUCAUCGGAAGGAUGACCACUGGCUCGCGCUGCUCAACAUCGUCCUCGCGCUGGGUAGUGUCGCUGCCUCGAAGCCAGACGACCAGACGCAUCAGACAUAUUUCUUGCGUUGCAAGAGCCAUCUCAGUCUAAGCUCGCUUGGAAGUGCUCACCUGGAGACCAUCCAAGCACUAGGCUUGAUGGGUGGCUGGUAUUGCCACUACAUCAGUCAGCCUAAUCUGGCAUAUUCCCUCAUGGGCGCUGCGCUCCGGAUGGCAGCCGGGCUGGGCCUACACAAAGAGUUUGCUGAGAGCCGGCAAGUACCGAGCCCGAGUAAGCUGGCCUCGAUGGAUCUCAAGCGCCGGGUCUGGUGGUCCCUCUUCUGUAUGGAUACUUGGGGAGGCAUGACCCUGGGCCGGCCGAGCAUGGGCCGUUUUGGACCUAAUAUCACAGUGCGGCCACCCAAUUGUCGUGACAAGGACAACGUCCUCGAGAUCCUCCCAUUGGUGGAAAAUAUCCGAUUCGCUAAGAUCGCAACCCAAGUCCAAGACGGCCCCCUCGUUAAACACCAGGAGAUGGCUCAUGCUGAUGCACAGCUGCUUGACUGGUGGGAAAACCUCCCAACCGUCCUCAAGGACCACGAGUCUUGUUCGGAGUCCAUCAGAACCGUACGAACCGUCAUGAGAUGGCGAUACUACAACCAGCGCAUGCUCCUCUUCCGUCCCACGCUGCUGAGCUACGCGAUGCGACGCGUUCCAUACAUUGCAUUGAGAGCGGAGGAACGAACUGCGAUCGAAAAGUGUCGCGAGGUCGCUGAACAAUCAAUCCAAAACAUCGCCGCCACGGCACAGCUCAACCAGCUCUGUGGCUGGAACGCCGUCUGGUGGACCUUCCAAGCAUCUCUCGUCCCGCUAGUGGGCCUAUUCCUCAACGACCCCACCGCCGACGACCCCCGCGCCUCCAUCGAAUCUUGCCAAGCACAGGUCGAAAUGGCGCUGGCCACGCUCGCGCGUAUGCAAACAUACGGGCAUACCGCGAAGCGCUCCCUGGACGCCAUCGCGCGUAUCUACGAAGCUAGCAAGCGCGGACAAGACAUCGCCACUUCUAGUAGUGCUGGAUCCGUCCAGUCUAACAUUUACCCCGCUGGUCGGGACACGGGCAUGAUGUUCUCGCCGCCCGAACCAGCCCGCAUGGGCAUGACGCUUGGCGAGAAUGGACUUGCGGAUCCGUUGGCGACGCCGUUCGUUGAUGACUCCGGUCAGUACCUCUGGGAGUAUCUCAGCUGGAGUGACCAGAGCAUGUGGCCGGGUCUUUCGGAUGUUGAUACCCGGAGCGAGGCCAUGGCGUUGCUGACGCCUGAUCAUGAGAAGGGGCCCAAGUUCGGGUCGCAUCCGUACUUUGAGCCCAUUCCUGAUUCUUAUUUUGUCAAUCCGCCGGUCUAUUAUUGA